AUGACGUACUGCAUCAGGAAGGCAGAAGAGACAGGGUCUGGGGAGUUAGUGGUCCUGGGCAAAUCCAGCAUUCGGUAUGUGGCAUGGCUCUGCCUGGCUCCCGUUCUGGGAUCUACAGAAGGGCCCUGCUCUAGAGGCACUGGGUACUGCGCAGCUCAGAAGGCUGGGGCUGAAGUCCAGGGAAACAUGGCAGAGACCCAGCUCCAAGAAUUGGGCUGUGCCCCUCGUCUGGGCUCCCUCAGCUCCUGGGUCUACCUGCAGCAUCGCACUUACCACAUUGUGCCAAAAUGGCCCAUUUAUGCCUCUGUCGGCCCCACUAACAGUUGGCGGCUGGGAAAGAACCACUUAGACAAUGGCUCCGCAGCGCUGCAAGCAGCAGCUGGGGAAUUUCCGGGCUCGCAGCGCGAUCUCACCCAGAGGACAGGCGCACGCAGAAUCUUCCAGGCUGAAAGAACCAGCGGAAGAGACGGGGGUGUGGGGACAGAGAGGACGGGGCAGCCACGGCCGGGCCCCUUAGAAAUCACCCCACUGCGAUGGCACAGGCGGGCCGGGCCGGUCCAGGCACCCAGAGGGGCUCAGGAUGGCCCGGGGCAGCCUCGGGCCGAGGAGGGCUCUGCCACAGUCCUCCCCAGCAGGGACGCUUCCGGACAACUCGAGGAGAGCCCCUUUGCCCCUUUGCAGAGGGAGACCUUGUGCUCUGAACCCGGCCCUCCCCUGGGGCAUUGUGACCUCAGCUGUCAGCACACAAAGCUGUGGCCUCCUGCCCUUGGCUUGCCCUGUGAUUUGACAGAACCGUGGCCUGGUCACGGGGGCUGUUGCGGGGAGGUUGGGAAGUUGAAGAACACUGUGGCCUCCUCCAUCAUGUCAGCCAAGGAUGCAGAACUGAAGAAAGCAAACCCGACAUGUGGCUACAAAGGAGUUAAACAAGAAGGACCAUUUACCAAAACAGGAGGGACGCAAGGGUUAAGGAAUGAAUUCAAGGAGGUGAGGGAAGAGCUCAAGUCAAAAAUGGAGGAGAUAAAACAGAUAAAGGACAUAAUGGACAAGGAUUUUGAUAAACUCAAGGACUUCGUGGAAAUUAUGAAGGAAAUGCAGAAGGAUAUGGAUGACAAGAUGGACGUCUUAAUAAAUAUACAGAAAAACAACAAGCUUCCCCUUAGAAGAGGACCAAACCUGCAGGAGGAACUCGAGCUGAUGGGAAAGAUGAACACAGACCCACACCCACAGCUGAGGCUCAAGAAAAUGGAUGGAGCUGAGAGAGCACCGUCUGCUCUGCCCAGGAAGACGAUGGCUCCACAAAACAUGGCAAGGGACUCACUGGAUUUCAUUCCGUGUAGGUGUGGCUGUGAGAAUUGUUUGCCGUGUGCCUUCAAAACCAACUACAGUCAGAGGAUGAAUUUCAGUCAUCACCAGUGGCUGCACAUGGUUUCCCCACCUCAGAGGCCUCCACAGCUCCUCCCCUGCCUCCCAAGGAUCCUAACCGAGAAGCCGCCCACUCGUUAUUGCUCUGACAGGGUCCUCUGUCUGCACAGGAAGUGGGAUGAGGGGGACAGUUUCGUGCAUCAAGCUUUGGCAACAGGGUAAAGACCUUCAGUUCUACCUAGCGAAGUCCCAGCCACCAAGACCUAUCCUUGGUGACAGAAGGCACAAUAGUGGUCGCUUGUGGAAUGGGGGUGACGGGGAUGGGGAGAAGGUUUGGGGGAGGCUUCUGGAAUGCUGAGAUGCUGAUAAUGUUCUACCAUCUAGAUGGUGAUGAUAUGGGUGUGAACUCUGUGUAAAAAUUCAUCAAGCUGAGGAUGUAAAAUGGUGCAGCUGCUUUGGAAAACAGUUUAGCAAUUCCUCAAAAAAUUCAACACAGAGUUACCAUAUGAACCAGAAAUUCACUGUUAGGUAUAUACACA